GGCGUAACUACAUUUCAGUCAACAAUAGGCCGCAAGAACACACGGAGCAAGUGCUUCCAGCUAAAGCUUGUCAAUGGGAGUGGCAACAACAAGAGCAGACAAGAUGAUCAGGCUUGAGGAACUGCAGGAUGACGACACACCUCCAAGCAAGCCACCUGCACAGCCAGCGGACUUUGAGACAGCUAUCGAUGCGGCUGGCUUUGGCAUGUUUAACAUUUUGCUCCUCCUGGUGGCUGUGGCCGCGGCAAUGGGCACAGUCUAUGAAACGUCUACCAUGUCGUAUAUACUGCCAAGCGCUGAGUGUGACCUACAUUUGACCCUAAUAGAUAAGGGUGUACUAAAUGCGAUCACCUAUGCGGGCAUGAUAUCGUCCGCCAUUCUGUGGGGCUAUGUGGCCGAUACGAAGGGACGGAAGAAGCUGCUGGUCUACGGAUAUUUGGCAGAUACGGUUUGUGUGCUGGGCGGCGCUCUUAGCCAGAACGUAGUGCAGCUCAUGAUCUUUAAGUAUUUGGGCGGCUUCACUAUGAGCGGACCGUUUGCCGUCCUGAUGACAUAUUUAACGGAGCUGCAUGGACGCCAGUAUCGACAGCGUAUCAUGAUGAUGGUUGGCAUUAUGUUCAGCGUGGGCACGCUCAGCUUGCCCGGCCUGGCCAUGGGCAUAUUGCCCCAACCCUGGGACAUACAAAUUUUGGGACUCUCAUUGCAUGCCUGGCAGGUUUUUGUAGCCAUCAGCGCUGUGCCCAGCAUCUUGAGCUGUGCUUUCUUUCCCUUCUUUCCGGAGAGCCCAAAGUUUCUAAUGUCGCGCGGACGCAACAAGGAGGCGCUGGAGGCGUUCAGGUUCAUCUAUGCCUUGAACAAACGUCAGCCACGCUCGGCAUAUCCAAUCAAAGAACUUGCCAAUGAGCAGUCUCCAAAAUCCGAUGCACAACAGCUGGAGCAGACUGUUGACACUGCCAAUGGCAAGACGGCUGUGGACAAGGCACAGCCCAAGGAUGCGGAUGUCGAGCUGGCCAGCAAGCCAAAAAGUUCUCUGCACUUGGGUCUGCUCCAGCUGCGACCGCUCUUCGUCAAACCCUACUUGGGACUAUCGCUUUUGGUAUACCUGCUCAACUUUUGCGUUCUUUUGGGGCAGAACACGAUGCGUCUUUGGCUGCCGCAGCUGUUCGCUUCCAUCAAGGAGUACGAGCAACUGGCCAGCAGCCAGGCGCAUAGCGAAAGCACUAGCAUCUGCAACAUAGUCGACUACAGCGUGAAUCGCACGCAAAGACAACUGGAAGCGGCUGCCUUGGGCGAUCCCAUGGCCGAGUGCACGGUGAAUGUGAGCGCCGCCAGCUACACCAACAACUUGAUUGUGGCCUCCGCCGGCCUGGUCUCCUAUGCGCUGGCCGGUGUCCUGGUCAAUCUGGUGGGCGUCAAGCGGAUUAUGUGUAUGUGUCUGUUUGCCGCCGGCUCCUGUGCCCUGGGUAUGUACUGGUCGAGCUCAUCUACGACGACCGUGGCGCUGGCCUCCGUAUUUGUUUCCGUGGGCAGUAUAUCGGGCACAUCACUCAUCAGCGCCUCGCUCAGCAUGUUCCCCACCGCGCUCCGCACGAUGAUCGUCUCGCUGAGCAUGAUGGUCGGCCGCAUGGGCUCUUUGGUGGGCAAUAUCUUCUUUCCGGCACUCAUGACCACCGGCUGCCUGCCCCCGUUCCUCAUGGUUAGCUGCUUUAUGUUCACUGGCUGCCUGUUGGCCUCAUUUCUACCCGUAAAAAACAAAGCUGCACUGAAGUAGCUCAAUUUCCAUAUUCAUGAAUCCAUUUACCCCCAAUCAACUUUUCACAGAUUGCUUUAUAUAUAGCCGCUAGCUUUAGAUAGACUUAAGUUUUUUUUUGUUUUU